AUGGGAAGCUCCGCAUCUAAGCAAGGAGGAAAGCAUUUGUCAAAAACAAUCACAGAGUCGGUAACCAAGCCCAUCAAGCGAAGUGAAAUUGAUCUUUUGAAAGUUCAAAAACCAGCAUCGCAACAAGUCAGUUCUGAUCAACUACAUCACCCCAGCACAACUUCAUCACCAACACCACUCACUGGAAACAAUAAAACUGGAUUUACACCAGAUGAAAGUCUAAAUCAGAAUGAGACCGCUUUUCGAGCCAACACAUCAACCUCCUUUGAUCCCAGGUUUUUGCACAAAAAGAUUACACGUCAAGCAAAUGCAACACCACCAGAGGGAAAAGAUGGUGGGGAUCCUCAUGAACAGGGCACUUCCACUUAUGAUAAAGGGUUCAUUGACUCGUUAAAUCAACUUGGUAAACAGAUCAAAACAGUAGAGUUCAAUCCUGCUAGAGACAAGAAUGUAGCAGCUAUCAAACAACUUGCGAAGAGGAAAAAGCUUUAUGAGUUAGGGGAGAAGGAGAUUAAGGAACAAAUGUUACAGACAACUAAUGAUGGAAACGAUAUUCACAAGACUAUGGUUCAUCCACAGACAUUGACUGCUAUAUUGAGAGAUCUCAAAGAUCUGCGAGUUGAUAAUGAAACGAUUGCAAAGGACUAUCAGUUGGACUCGACAUUCUUGAGUAACAUUGGUGACGUAUUCCAAGUCCCAAUAACUGUCAAACAAUUUGAAGAAGAUAUCAAAGCUGACGAGGUGGGUCACAAGACUAUACCGCAACAGCGUCGCUCUAUUCACGACAUUCAAGAUGAAACCGCCAACGAAAGAGUUGCUGACGAUACUUACAAGAGAUUGCAAAAGCGCUUGAGCUUAGAUGAUUGA